GCUCCGCUCGCCGUGGCCGCCGUGCUGCCGGCGGGAGGCUGCGGGGAGAGGAUGGGCGUGCGCACCCCGAAGCAGUUCUGCCCCAUCCUGGAGAGGCCGCUCAUCAGCUACACCCUGCAGGCCCUGGAGAGAGUUCGUUGGAUAAAGGACAUCGUUGUCGCAGUAACUGAUGAGAACGUGGAGGCAAUGAGAAGUACCCUUCAGAAGUACGGGCACACGCGUGUCUCACUAGCUGCUGCUGGGGCGACACGCCACAGGUCGAUUUUCAAUGGACUCAAAGCCCUAGCAGAGGACCAGGAAGGCUCUAAACUCUCUAAGCCGGAAGUUGUCAUUAUCCAUGAUGCUGUGAGACCUUUUGUUGAGGAAGACAUUCUCCUUAGAGUUGUCACAGCAGCUAAGGAACAUGGGGCAGCUGGAGCGAUUCGACCUCUGGUAUCGACUGUCAUCAGCCCCUCUGCUGAUGGUUGCUUAGACCACUCUCUGGAACGUGCCAGGUACAGAGCAAGUGAGAUGCCCCAGGCUUUCCUCUUUGAUGUGAUCUAUGGCGCGUAUCAACAGUGUAGUGACUAUGACUUGGAAUUUGGAACUGAAUGUUUACAGUUGGCCCUAAAAUAUGGUCACACUAAAGCCAAGCUUGUAGAAGGAUCCCCUGACCUCUGGAAGGUGACCUACAAACACGAUCUGUAUGCUGCGGAAUCGAUUAUUAAGGAGAAAAUUUCACAAGAGAUUUGUAUAAUUACGGACCCAAAAGAAGAUCAGGAGCCCAUAGGUCAUCUUCUUGAGGAAGUGCUGAAAAGUGAAUUAAUUAAUGUUAACAUCACAUCCAGGGCCCUGGAUCACACUGACAGAGACAUUCAGCCCACCAUAUCUGACCGAUGCUGCAGCUUUGUUUGCGUGAACGUUGUAGCAUCUGAAUUUCAAGAGACCCGGAAACUACUGAGUGUACUUGAGGAGAGCAACCUUUCUGUUUUGUAUCCUGUGGUCGUCAUUUCAGUGCACUUCCUUGAUUUUGCAUUAGGACCUCCCAGUCAGCAAAUGGAAAGCCUAAUGUGGAUUAGGGAAUUUGCAAAAGAAGUGAAAAAAAGGAAUAUUUUAUUAUGUGGCCUCCUCAUAAAUUACUCACAGGAUGAACAAAAGCGACAGGAGAGUUUAAGACAAGGAGCCACCAUUAUUGCUACCUUGAUUAAAGAAAGAAAUUCUGGGUUCAUUGGCCAGCUCCUGAUAGCAUGAAAAACACAGACCAUAACAACAACAACAACAACCAAUCACCUAUCAGGCUUAUAAAAACAUUUACCUAAGUAUCUCCCUGAUGUGUUUCUUCCCCACCUCGCUCCUUAGUGUACAUGAGAAUUUUAAGUUUUCUAUGUAAUUUACAGGAUGUAAUGCUUGGAUUAUGAAAAUAAGUCAAUGUUUGUACCUGUAACAUUGUGUCUGCCAAAUAUAACUUACUUUAAUGAGAAAAGACUAGAUAAGUAGAAAAUAACUGCCUUCACAUAAAGAAACUUUUCAAAAAUUC